AUGGAGCCAGUGAAGCAAUCCUUGGCUCUGCAAGCAGCAAGGAUUAAAUUUCACGCCCCAGGUGCUGUAUUUUACCAAAUGUGGGCACGCCGAGAGAUUUUUGCCUAUCUGCAUCUUGACUUGCAUCGACAUUCACGGCUCAACUCCAUCGUGACGGCACGGCGCCGCGCGUAUGUGCGCAGCAUCCGGCUCCACAUCAAGCUGCCUGAGCCUGGGCCCCAGUGGAAUGCGGUCGAGGUGCACAAAGGUGGUGUCGAGCUCAUUUUUUACGUGCCUUUACCGCCUGAGGAGCCGCCUGCUGAGCUGCGCGGGAUAUGUCUACCGCUAGGUCAAUGGGAACCCAGGUAUAAACAAUCGCGCAUUGCGCGAUUGCCCCCUGCUGUAGCCAUAACUAAACUCGGAAUGUCCAUUCCAUCGUAUCGAGAGAGAAAUCUCUCUGUGGUGGCCAUUUAUAUUGCCGAUGCUGUGUCUCGGGUCGGCCAUCCAAUCGAUGAAUUUGAAUUCUGGGACUCGCACUAUGACAUUCAUGGCCAGGCUCUAUUAUCUACGGCUACUGAGAUUUUGAGAGAAGGGGAAGACAGGCUUUCAAAGUCCUUUCAUGUCCUAUCUCAAAGCGUUAAAGAUUUCAGCAUUCACAUGAUUCCAGUCAGCGAUGAAAUAUUCUUUCCUCGAACAUUCCCUGCGGGUUUAACAGAGCCGCGAUGGAACCGACUCGUCUACUUCAUCUUACAUUACCCACCGUUUGAUCCCUGGGGUGAAAUACUGUUCCUUCCCGACCCAUAUAGAGAUGAAUCAUCCUCUGAGAGUGCAGCCUCAGUAUAUUUUGGUAGUGUCUCGACAGAGGCAUCGUUGCCUAAUCUAGAUAUUGCAACUCUAGCCAUACAGCGGUUAUACCUCGCUGCGGCACGCGUGGCCUUGCAGAUGCCUGUACUAAGAGAAAUGGAACUCGUGGCAGAGCUGGGAAUGGGAAAAUAUUGGCAUGGAUUUCGGUAUUUCGUACAAGGAACUUUAGCAACGGCGACUUGGACGAGCAGCUCUGGGUUUAUGCCAGAAGAUGAAGUAUUGGAACACUGGCACGAGAUGCCAAAGGAAAACCUGCAACUAGAGCUCAAUGUGGUGAUUUCAGGCGACAAGAACGCUGUAUAG